GUUGUUUACAAUUGUGACGGAAUCAUGUUUAGGAUUUCAUAUACAUCCGCCGUGUCCCACGAUACCCACAAUGCCCUUUUCUACCCAUGUAAUUGGUAGGUCCUCUUGAAGUCGCUCUUCAGUCAGAUCAUCAGGUCACUCAGAUCAUAGUUUUGCGUCUGACCUCAUUGUUAGAUCGUGGCUCUGCGUCGUUACCUCACUACCCCGUCUCAGUCAGAUCGUGGCUUUGCGUCGUUCGUUGACGUGAAUGGAUGCUAUGGUCUCUCGCGUGUGGCGCCUCUUGGCUUUCUCCUGUAGUUACGUUCUCAUUCAUGCGGAAAUAUAAGUGGAGAUCGACAGAGAUGAGUAAGUAUUCUACGGGACCGAAGGACAGGCUGGGGCUGCUUGUUUUACCGAUGAAA